AUGGUCGCCUUUAUUAAAGGGGCCGUAGAUGAGAGCAGAGAAGCUGAGAAAAGACGGGCUGGUAAUUUAUUUUUCCCUCUGAUUUAUUUCCUCAUCCUUCCUCCGUGUCUCUCUCCGUCUCUCCGCAGCGUUCCAGACGACUACGUCGGUCGCAGGAACCUGGAACACGUGGAAGCCCUGCAGGAGAACCCGGUCAACUCCAACCAGGUUGUCAUCGGCUACGGGCGGGGCCUCAUGGUCGUCUGGGAUUUGGAGCGGCACUGCGCCAUCCGCCACAUCCCGGCCACGCAGCAGCUGGAGAGCAUGUGGUGGACGGAGGACGGAGGCUCCAUCCUCAGCUCGCACAGCGAUGGGAGCUACUGCAGCUGGUCUCUGACGGGCGAGGACGACGGCGAGGAAGAGGAGAAAUCGGACAUCCCAUACGGAAACUUUCCCUGCAAGGCCAUCACUAAAAUAGUUCAGCUUCCAACAGCUGCUGGGCCUCCCUUCCUGCUGUUCAGUGGCGGCAUGCCCCGGGCCAGCUACGGGGACAGGCACUGCGUUACGGUGAUCCACAGCAAAACGCAGGUGGCCUUCGACUUUACGUCCAGGAUCAUCGACUUCUUCGUGGUCACGGACGGCCCCGACCACACAGAAGAGCCCAGUGCUCUGGUGGUCCUGGUGGAGGAGGAGCUGGUUGUUAUUGACCUGCAGACUGAAGGCUGGCCCGUCAUUGAGACGCCUUACCUGGUGCCGCUCCACAGCUCGGCCAUCACCUGCUCCCACCACGUGUCGGCCAUUCCUCUGAAACUCUGGGAAAGGAUUGCUGCUGCCGGGUCGCUGCAGAACACUCAUUACUCUAAAAAGCCUUGGCCAAUAACGGGAGGUCAGAACCUGGCGCCGGAUCCUCCGCAGAGGGACCUGUUGCUGACGGGACAUGAGGACGGAACGGUGCGUUUCUGGGACGCGUCGGGGGUUUGCCUGAGUCCACUCUACAAGCUGUCCACGGCGCCGGUGUUCCACGCAGACGCUGAUCCCAACGACAACAUGAGCCAAAGCGCCGAAGGGGAGUGGCCUCCUUUCAGAAAGGUUGGCUGCUUCGACCCGUACAGUGACGACCCCAGGCUUGGCAUCCAGAAGAUCCACCUGUGCAAAUACAGCGGCUACCUGACAGUCGCCGGCACCGCCGGACAGGUUCUGAUGCUGGAGCUGAAUGAUGAGGCAGCAGAGCAGACGGUGGAGGCUAAAGUCAUGGAUCUGUUGCAGGGACAGGAGGGUUUCCGCUGGAAGGGCCACACGCAGCUGGAUGUCCGCGAGGAGCCGGUGAUGUUCCCCCCAGGCUUCCAGCCGUUCACCGUGGUCCAGUGCCAGCCCCCCGCUGUGGUCACCGCCCUCGCGCUGCACUCAGAGUGGAAGCUGGUCGCUUUUGGAACCAGCCACGGCUUCGGCAUCUUUGACUAUCUACAGAAGAACAAAGUUCUGAUCAAAUGCACAUUAAACCCAAGCGACCAGCUAGCGAUGGAGGGUCCUCUAUCCAGAGUGAAGAGCAUAAAGAAGUCGCUGCGCCAAUCGUUCAGGAGAAUCCGACGCAGCAGAGUUUCUCUGAGGAAACAUCACAUCAGCAACAACACUAAGAUCCAGGAAGCAAACGCUCGUCUAGAGGCAGAGCUGGCUGAGAUGGAGCUAGCUCCCGUCCAGAGGAAGAUCGAAGCCCGCUCCUCAGACGACUCCUUCACCGGCCUCGUACGGACUCUGUACUUCGCUGACACCUUCCUGUCAGACAGUUCCCACAACACCCCCUCCCUGUGGGCGGGGACUAAUGGUGGGGGGGUGUUUGCCUACAUUCUCAGCGUCCCUCCUGUAGAGCGUAGAGCGGAUGAACCUGUUACCGCUCAGCCAGCCAAGGAGAUCCAGCUGAUGCACCGGGCCCCCGUGGUUGGAAUCGUGGCUCUGGAUGGUCACGGCGUUCCUCUACCUGAACCGCUGGAGACGGCCCACGACCUGGCCCGCUCACCUGAGAUGCACGGCUCGCAUCACCUGUUGGUCGUCUCUGAGGAGCAGUUUAAGGUCUUCACUCUGCCGAAGGUGAGCUCCAAGACGAAGCUGAAGCUGACCGCCGUGGACGGAUCCAGGGUGCGGAGGGUGGGCGUGGCCUGGUUCGUCAGCAGCAAAGCGGAGGACUACAGCGAGGUCGGCUUGGUGUUUCUGACCAAUCAGGGGGACGUGCAGGUGUUGUCGCUGCCGCACAUCAAAAUGCAGGUCCGUUACCCCUGCAUCCGGCGGGAGGACGUCAGCGGCAUCGCCUCCUGCGUUUUCACCAAGCAGGGGCAGGGUUUUUAUCUGAUGUCUCCGUCUGAGUUUGAGCGCUUCUCUGUGUCGGCUCGCUGCCUGGUGGAACCUCGCUGUCUACUGGAAGCUCCUCUUCAUCCCGUCUCCCCCAGCCAGCGUCGGCCACAGACGGAGGAGGCCUCAUCAGCUAACAGCAACGCAAGAGACACCGAGGACGCAGAAAGUGCAGCUAGACACGUCAUGGAGCACGCUUUGCUGAAUGAUGAAAAAGUUCUACAGGAAAUCCAAAAGUCUCUAGAGGGCGACCAGACGUCCUUCACGGAGAAUAAUGUGAAGAGUGCUGUUGCGUGAAAACAGAGAAAAAGACAAAACGGUAAAAUGUAUGAAGUGUACUGCAGUCCUGCGGCUCCUCUUACCUCAAACCCGACCACUACCGACCCUAAACCUGCAUUAAAGGACGCCCAGUCUGAGCAGAUGGACGGCGGACGGAGCCUCGGCCCCGCCACUCCCACGCCAUCCAACCAGUUCACGUUCAUUCUAAGAAACUGAUGCUGGUGGAAGAACUUUGGGGGGAAAUUGGAUUAUUUAAAUCAAUAUUUGCUUUAGAGACAUACUUAUUUUUUCCCCCCAGUUAUUCUGAACGUAACGCUGAGUCGUCUUUCCAUGUCCACCUGUCUAUGCUGCAGAAAUUUGAAACUGACGCUUUUUUACUCGGGUCAGAGUUUUAUCAAAUAUUUUGUCUUUUAUUUCCCAGCCUUACUGAAAAAAACAAACUAAUGCUGUAAUCAUAAACUAAACGGGGGAAAUGCUGUAUUUUUGCUGGUUUUAUUUUAAUUCUUCUGUUAGAUAAUUGUUUGUUAAAUUAAUGUAGAUCCACACUACACCCCCCCACCCGCCUGCUAACCAUAAGGUCGCCUGAUGAGAGGUACUCGUUCACUACAGCUCAGCACACUGUCAUUUUUUCUUUUUAUUGGGGGGGGGGGUCUUAAAGGGUUAUAUUAUAAUUCCUAUUAUUUGUUAAGCUGUUUUAAGCCACUAUUGUCAUGAUUCUGGAAUGUAAUUCUAAGCGCUAAUAUCCUGUACUGUGUAUGAGACGGUUGUGCCUGUUUUCACUGGGGUUGGCUGCUAUUUAGAUCAACAGGAAAUGUUUUGGUACCACGUGUUUGAUUGCUCCGUAUUUUAGCAUCAGCUUGGAAUAUAUUUUUGUAGCAGAAUGAUUUUUCAAACCUGAUAUUUUUGAGUUGUAUGAAAUUUUACACUGUAGUUUUCCUGUAAUCAAUA